AUGUUUCUCCAAUCUCUUCCAGACAAAAUCCUCCUGCAGAUCCUAUCUUACCUGCCAUCUCAUACCGAUGCAGCAGCGCUGUCUCUACAAUGCCACCGCUGGCAUCAGCUUUGUGACAUGUCCAAUCGGCGCAAAUACCGCCGCGUGAAACUCCGAGAGCCCCUGGAUCUGGCAGUGGCUUUCAAAAUUCUCCGAUCGAUCCUCAAAACCCCUCGGUAUGGGGGAGGCCGGCUAGUAUGGAGCAAGGCUGUAUUUCCCUCCCCCAUUCUCUGCUCGAUGACUUCGCUGGCACAUUCCCAAAAGAAAUAUUUGAUUCUGACUUUGAUUAGCCACAAUGACCCACGAGCCCCGUUCCUCGCCCAGGCAUUGGCAGCAUUACUAGUCAGCGUUUCGCAACUAUUAGAAUCGUUGAGUUUCUGCCCUGUCGGCCAGGAACCAUCGAAACUCACAAAACUAGCCGCCCAAGCCAAUGGAACUCCACUCCGGAAAAGUGAUCAUUUCUUCAAGCAUUUCUUAGACCGGGCGAACAGUAGCCCACAGGAGACCCUGCCGUUCCUGCAUCAUCUCCGCCAGGUCCGAUUUCUUGUCGAUCCUGAUACAAGUAUCCAUCACUGGCACUAUUACCAGCCCUAUGAUCUGUAUGGCAGCCUCAGCCUGGUACGCCGGCUCCCCGCAGUAGAAUCCAUCCGAGUCGACGCGAUUAUGAGCACGCACAGGUCGAGUAUUCAGCCCCCACCCCGAUCCGCGAAUUACACCAGCAUUACCAUUCGUAACUCCAAUAUCGAUUACCACCACCUGGUGCGGGUCAUUGAGUCGGCCAAACGACUGGAAGCGUUUACGUAUGCGGUCGGUGGCCGAGGCUCGAGGGAUGGCAUUUUGAGCAUGUUCAGCCCGGAUCACGUCUUCCAAGCGCUCCUCCUACAUGCCGAUUCGUUGGUACAUCUGGAUUUGGAUGUCGAGGCCGAAACCUCACUAGCGGAGACAUUCGACCCUACUUUUAGAAAACAUUUCUUUGGCAACAGCGAUGACCCAUCGCCGAGAUCCGAACUCGCCUAUCAGCAGGAGUGGGCAGAUGAACUCCAAGAGCUCCAGGGUGGUCGAUCAUCGCCUUGCUCCCUUCGUGGGCUUACGAACGUGAAGAAUCUGAGUCUCGGAAUCCAUACCCUCUACUACCUGUCGCGAGGUAUCGGUGUCGAUCAAGUCGACGAUGUAUCAUUUGCUAUUGUUGAUCAUCUCCCACCAAACUUGGAAGCGCUUUGUAUCUAUGGGUACGAAAAGGGAAUGAAACCGCAGGUCAAGGGUCUUCCGGAUGAUGUGUUUGAUAAGCAAUUGGAGAAAUUACUCGCCGAGAAGGAUACCAAAUUGCCCCGAUUGUUACAUAUCGAGGGGAUUAAUGAAUUCAUCGAAAAUGCGACCACCGUCAAGCAUCCAGCGACCAACGAUGAGGAUCUGUGGGAGAGAGAGACAGAUGACGAGUGGACUGAUCAUGAAUAUGAUUAG